CGAGACGCUGAUCGAUCUGCCUGUCUGCCUGCUGCCACCCUUAAAACUAAACUCUCCCCCUUCGAGAUUCUCCUCGCGUGCCUCCGUUCGAAACGUUUCGUUGCUCUCUCUCUCUUCCUCCCUUCUCUCCUCUGUCCGCACGCCCUCCUCUUUGUGCUCACGGUUUCCCACUCGGCUUGAACCGUUUCUUCGUUCCUCCACAUGCACUCAGUGGUCUCCUCCCUCCGUCUCUCGUCAACACACCUCCACGGGGAAAGGGUCUAGAUAGUAAAGCCGUUGCGCUUGAACUAGCUCACUCUUUUCACCAUGUCGGGUUCCGAGCAACUCAAGGGCCCGGUUGAGUCUGUCCCCAACGACAGGGUCUCUCUCGACAGCUAUGGCUCUUCCGUGCGACACAACUCCGAUGGCCUCCAGCGCCGCCUGAACAACCGUCAGAUUCAACUGAUUGCCAUCGGAGGCACAAUUGGUACCGGCCUGUUCGUCACCAUCGGCGGCGGCCUCGCCAAGGGCGGCCCCGGAAGUCUGCUCAUCGCCUACACCCUCUACGCCUGCGUCGUUGCCCUCGUUAACAACUCCAUCGCCGAGAUGAGCACCUACAUGCCCGUGUCUGGUGGCUUCAUUCGUCUGGCUGGUGUCUGGGUUGACGAUGCUCUCGGCUUCAUGGUUGGCUGGAACUACUUCAUCUACGAGGCAUUGCUUAUCCCGUUCGAAAUUACCGCGCUUAAUCUCGUGUGCUCUUUCUGGAAUGAAAAGAUCACGGAGCCGGGUCCGACGGCGGGUUUCUGCAUCGCUAUCAUCAUCGCGUAUGGUCUACUGAAUGUUGUUGCCGUCGGCAUCUUUGGUGAAGCUGAAUUCUGGCUCUCAGGCGGCAAGGUCCUGCUCAUCUUCAUCCUCUUCCUCUUCACCUUCAUCACGAUGGUCGGAGGAAACCCCGCCCAUGAUGCCUACGGAUUCCGAUACUGGAAGGAGCCCGGCGCAUUCGCGGAAUACAUGACGCAGGGUAAUACUGGUCGCAUGGAAGGCUUCAUGGGUGCUCUGGCCACUGCCACGUUCACCAUUGUCGGCCCGGAAUACAUCUCCAUGAUCGCCGCCGAGGCGAAGCACCCGAGCCUGUACAUCAAGGGCGCCUUCAAGACCGUCUACCUGCGUUUCGGCCUCUUCUUCGUCGGUGCCGCCCUGACCUGCGGCAUCGUGCUCCCCUACAACAACCAGACCCUCAUCGACAUCUAUAUCACCGGAACCGGCAGCGGUGGCACCGCCGCUGCCUCCCCGUGGGUCAUGGCCAUGGAGAAUCUCAAGAUCCAGGGUCUCCCCCACUUGGUCAAUGCUCUGCUCUUCACCACCAUCUUCUCCGCCGGUAACACCUACGUCUACUGCGCAACCCGAUCCCUGUACAGCUUGGCGCUCGACGGUCGCGCCCCGGCUCUGCUCCGCAAGACCACCAAGAACGGUGUGCCCGUCUACUGCUUCGCCGUCACCAUGAUCUUCCCCUUGCUCUCCUUCCUGCAGUGCGGCAGCGGCUCCGCAAAGGUGCUCAACUGGCUCCUGGCCCUCAUCACGGGCGGCGGUGUCAUCAACUACCUCGUCAUGUCCAUCACGUACAUCAACUUUUACCACGCGUGCAAGGCCCAGGGUCUCGACCGCAAGACGCUGCCCUACUGCGGAUACCUCCAGCCCUACGGCGCCUACGUUGCCCUCUUCUUGCAGACCAUUGUCAUCCUCGUCUACGGAUGGUCCGCCUUCCGCCCCAAGUUUGAUGUCGGAGGCUUCUUCUCCAACUACACGAUGCAGCUUGUCGCGCCUCUCCUGUUCAUCUUCUGGAAGGUCCUCAAGCGCACUCACUGGCUCAAGCCCCAUGAGGUGGACUUGACGUGGGACCGCCCCAUUAUCGAGGCCUAUGAGCAGCACGCUUUAGUGCACGAGCCCCCUACCACCUUCUGGAGGGAGAUGCUCCAGAUGGUUGGAAUUGGUCGCAACAAGGUGAUCAAGGGCGAGAAGGCUUGAACGAGUAAUUCUAAUGAUGAUGGUGGAUGGCGCGUGAUACCCCAGUGUGCUAAAAUAUACGGUCGGC